GCGCGUUCAUCCUCUCAUCUCAUCUCAUCUCUUCUCACCCUCCCCUACAAGCCACCAUGCAGGUCGACUACGAACACGAACUCCCACCAGCAGACCCACCACAUUCAGAGGACGAUGCCGCUGAUCUCGAUGCCCCAGUCAAGAAGAAGCGAGUCAUUAAGUCACGACAAUCGCUCGCCGAGAAGGAGAUGGGCACGACAAUGUUUCCCAUUGCGCGCGUCAAGCGUAUAAUCAAGUCCGACAAGGAUCUCGAAAUGAUGAGCGCCGAGGCGACGUUCUUGAUCUCGGUCGCGACGGAAUACUUUGUCAAGCACUUCAUGGAGGAGGGCUAUACCAAGGCGCGUCUCGAGAAACGUCGUAUCGUCAACUACAAGGACAUGGCGAAUGUUGUCUCACGCUCCGAGGAGUUUGAUUUCUUGAAAGACGUGAUUCCUAUGCCGGUGCCGAUGUCGGAGGCUCUCGAGCGGCGCAAAGCCAAGCUCGCUGCCGACGAGAGUGCCAUGAUGCACGACGAUGAUCGGCCACGCAACACAUCCGAGCCCGCCGGCAUUGUCGGCGAUAGUCUUGACCUGUCUAAUGCGCCUGAGGACUUGCCUCCCCUCGCGCUGAGCACCAAUCCGCUCUACCCCAACGCGAUCGUGAAGCGUCCACCCAAUACUCACGCACGCUCUGCCAUGCCCCAGCCUUCCAAGGUGGCACCAGCUCCGCCUCCUCCACCCCCGCCCCCGCGCGUGCACUCUGGCAAGAACGCACCAACAACGCCACAUGCCCUCGCCACACGCAGCUCGCGUCGCAGCUUGAACGCAGCAGCCGCCGAGCCCAUGCAGAUCGACUAGAUGUACGACAGUGUAGUAGCCAUGCAGCUUGUGUAUUAUAAG